AUGCAUGAAGUCUCAAAUUCACGCCGAUCUGAUUCAUUUGCAUUUCUCAAUGUUUCUGCUAAACAUGUACACGUUAAAACGAACAAAUUCUGCAAUUUGUACGAAGGAAAAUGGGUUUUUGAUGAAUCUUAUCCUCUCUACUAUUCGAAAAACUGUCCAUUUUUGAUACAGCAGUUUAAUUGCUUGGGAAAUGGACGGCCAGAUCAAGGUUAUCAGAAGUAUAGAUGGCAACCCCAUAACUGUAAUCUACCAAGUUGGAAUGGGAAGGAGUUCAUGAGGAGAGUUAGAGGAAAACGCAUGAUGUUCGUGGGAGAUUCAAUAAGCAUGAAUCAAUGGCAAUCUUUGGCUUGCAUGAUCCAUGGUUACUUCCCACGUGCAGCUUACACGACGCAAAAAUUGGGUCUACUGUCCACUAUUCUUUUUCCGCAAUUCAAUUUCACAUUGAUGUACUCGCGGAAUGCAUUCCUGGUCGACAUUACAAUGGAAAACUCAAGACGAGUGCUCAAACUCAACUCGAUUGAUGGCAGUGCAAAACAGUGGUUGGGUAGUGACAUUUUAAUCUUCGAUACAUGGCACUGGUGGCUUCACGCCGGAAGAAAACAGCCAUGGGAUUUGAUUCAAGAUGGAAAAGUGAAACUCAGAGAUAUGGAUAGAAUGGUUGCUUAUGAGAAAGCCUUGAGGACAUUGACCCGGUGGAUAGACCGGAGUGUCGACACCAAGAGAGUUAAAAUAUUUUUCCAGGGUGUCUCUCCCGAUCAUUGGAAUGCUACUCAAUGGGGCAAGCCGGAACUUCAGCGCUGCAGCGGUGAACGGCAGCCCUUCUCAUCGGAGGAGUCUCUCGGGGGCCGUAACCUACCUGAGAGUGUAUUGGAGGACGUGCUCGGAGCCGUGAGGAAACCUGUUCACUUGCUCAAAAUCACAGCAUUGUCACAGUUUAGGGUUGAUGGGCAUCCCUCCAUUUAUGGCAACCCCAGGAAGCUUGGCAUGGACUGCACACACUGGUGCCUUCCUGGAAUUCCUGAUGCUUGGAAUCAGCUUCUUCAAGAAACUCUUAUAAGAGCUUGA